GAAUGGGAUUUUCACUUCCGGAACUUCACUGUUAUAGAGUAUCUUUGGUUGAACUCGAUUGCGCCCGUCAAAAGUACGUCCACUAAAAGUUUGCCACAACAUUACGGAAAGGAUCACUACAGAGAUAGAUCUUUUUGUUAAAGAGUAAGAUCCUUUUUGUUUAACCAGAAACAGAAGUCUCGCUCAAGGAAAAGUCUCGCUCUGAAAUCUCGAGGUUGGUGAGGUGAGUUGUUGCAGGAAGACGACUGUGGAAACGUGUGUCAGUAAGUCAUCUUACUAUUUAACAAAAAGGUCUAUCUCUGUAGGGAUCCUUUCCAUAACGGCGUCGGACACUUAGAAUUACAAUUUGAGCCUUUCAGUGGCAAAAUAAGCACGUUUAGUGAACGUACUUUUGACCGCGCAAUUUCCCAAAGCCAUUGCAGCCCGUUUCGCGGCUGUUGGUGUUUCGGUUUAAUGAGGGACCCUGUUAAAUGGCGGCUUUCAGCCGAAUGCGUGUAUGGUUGUCGUAGUUAUGACAGCUGUUGAAAACAGGAAGAGAAUACGUAGCUGUCCUCGUGAAUGCCUCUUUGUACCUGUCACGUACUCAGUUGCGUUUUGAACGUUGUUUGUUGUUAUGGAAUAUGUCAAAAACAGGAAGAGAGCUUGUUGUUGUUGUUCUUGUUCUUCUUUGAUUUUACUGGCCGGCUACAAACCGACAUUAAAGGUGCACGGAGUGUGUAACAUGACUUAAACCAAAAUCUAAAAAACAACGAGUAAAAUGAGUAAUAAAAACAAUUAUAAAGAAUUUAUAUCAUAGAUAUUAAACCGGUUUCUUUUACAUAUUUGAAUAAAGCCCUUUGAACCUUUUAACUGUUUAUGCCCAGUCUCUAACAGACCUUUGAUGCUCUACUCCCUGCCCAUCUCUAUGGCAGAGUGCCCUUCACUCUUUCUCUUUCUACACUGAACUUCCUACAUCCCAUCAGUACAUGUUCAACAGUUUCCUUGCAAUUACAAGUCUCACAUUUAUCUGACACUGACUUUUUCAUGGUAUACAAGGUAGCAUUGAGUCCUGUAUGUCCUAAUCUUAACCUAGAAAAGAGAACAUCUUCUUUCUUACAUUUACUUUGAGUAUUUCUGACUGACCGAUUUUUGGAUUUUAUAGUAUUCUCUACCCUUAAUGUCGUUAUUCCAGACUUCCUGCCAAGAUGUCAUUAUUCUCUGAUGCAGAGCACCAUGGGUCGGAACAGUAGCAGAACUAUCUCCCACAGUGUUCCAGUGGUGGUGGUGUGCCUUGCUGCUUUGCUCCUUAGCAAUGCCUUGAUCUACCUGUACCUGGACUCUGUGUAUCAGACUGAUGAACAGCUGGUGUCCUCCCGUGUAAGCUGUGUGCCUCGACAUUUUAAAAUGGCGACCAUGAAAAACUGCACCCCCUGGCUCCAGUGUUCACAGAUAAAUGCUGAAGUGCGCAAGCUGAAGCUGAUCGGCCAGGGAGCCGUUAAGAAGGUCUAUCUGGCAGAGUGGAGGGGUCAGAAAGUGGCUCUGUCGAAACUGUCCUCUCUGGAUUACCUGGAGGAUUUUCUCCAUGGAUUGUCCAUGUUACAGGCCCUGCAGGGCCCCCAGGUGGUGCAGUUGGUUGGGUUUUGCCUUGAAGACCACACCCUGGUCACGGAGCAUCUCCCACUUGGCUCACUACUUAACUUGGAUGGUGUUUUUGCACAAGAGCCGCACCAGCAGCACAACACGUGGCAGAUCCGUCUGAGGCUGGCUACGGAUUAUGUCUCCAUCCUCCAUUACCUCCAUAACAGCCCAGCUGGGCGGCGGGUUAUGUGUGAUUCCAACAGCUUGGAGAAAACACUCUCCCAGUUUCUGCUGACAAGUGACUUUCACCUGGUAGUGAACGAUCUGGAUGCGCUGCCUGAGGUGGACCUAUCCCGAGGCAUCUUGGUGAAAUGUGGCCACCGGGAGCUCACUGGAGACUUUGUAGCCCCAGAGCAGCUGUGGCCAUUCAGAAACAAAGGGAAGCCAUUUUCAGAUGAUCUCAUGCCUGAGUAUGAUGAGAGGACAGACAUCUGGAAGAUCCCAGAUGUGACAUGGUUCCUGAUGGGAAGGGUGCCUGGAGGGGAUUUAGUCCACUUCCAUCUUUUUCAGAUCCAUGAGGAGUGUAAGAAGGAAGACCCCAAGCUCCGCCCUUCAGCUCUGGAUGUUUUGAAGGUGUACAAAUCAGUCUACAGCAGCAUGGUGCGAGAUAAUGCUGACCUUAGAGACAUGCUGUAGACUACAGCAUACCCCUCUCAUCAGUCAUCUACGAUCACAAAAGCCCUCACUUCAUACUUUUAAUAAUAUCUCUAACGGAUGUACUUUAAAAAUUGUCCUGCAGCUGUUACGAGCCAUCACUUGUUCUUAUAAUUCAAUUCAAUUCAGUUUUAUUUAUAUAGCGGCAAUUCAUAACAGAAGUUCUCUCAUUGCACUUUUCCUAUAGAGCAGGUCUAGACUGUACUCUUUAUAAUAUUAUUUACGGAGACCCAACA